AAGCUUAGUUUACAGUUCGCCAUGCGAAAAAAAUUCUCGCGCAAAAAUUUUUGCAUGCAAAUUUGUUUUGGGGUGAAUGCAAAUUUUUUUUUUGCAUGGUCGGUUUAGACAUGCAAAAAAUUUAUUUUCAAUUUAUUUGCAUGGUUGGUUUAUACAUGCGAAAAACUGUCUGUUCACAAUCCUCUUGAGCAAAACAAAUUUGACAUUUCUCCGCAUUGUAAAUGACAAUCAAGUUGAGAAAAGAUAAAAUUUAGUUGCUCCUCAACGUAAAUUGAUUAUUUUGAUAAAACGAAAAUGGAUAGUGACGAUGAUUUAGUAGUUGCAAUGAUGGGGAUAACGUUGCUUCUGUCCUUAGUAGUUUUACAACGGCGAACAGUGGUACGGCAGUUUUGGGUGAAUCCGUAUUUGUCUACACGACAACAAACUGGUCGAUUUUUCACUGCAUUUCAGGAUAUGGUUGAUUUUCCUCGAGCAUUUGAAGAAAAUUUCCACAUGGACCACCAAACAUUUGAAUUACUAUUAUCCAAAGUCGAACAAUAUCUUCUGCCAAAAAGACAAACUCGUGUCGCCGAUAGUAUAUCACCAAAACAACGUUUGGCUAUCGCUUUAGAGUAUUAUGCAUCUGGUUCCUUCCAAAGGCAUCUUGCCAGUGUGUAUCGAUUAUCAAAAACAACUUGUUGCCUCAUAAUACAGCAAGUGUCAACCGCUAUUAUAACAGCUUUGAAAACCGAAAUGAUUGAAAUGAACCAAGAAAACUGGUUGAAAAUGGCAAAUGAAUACAAUUAUAAAUGGCAACUACCCAAUUGUCUUGAGGCCUUCGAUGGCAAGCAUGUCGCUAUCAAGAAGCCACCAGGUAGCGGUUCUGAAUACUUUAAUUACAAAAGAUACCACAGCAUAAUAUUGAUGGCCCUUGUCGAUGCCAACUACCGAUUCAUUUCAAUUGAUGUUGGAGCAAGAGGUUCAGAAGGAGAUGCAAACGUAUUUUCUCGUAGUGAGCUUGGACGCAUGAUAAAGACAGAUGAUCCACUACUUAAUUUACCUCCCGAUGCAUUUGUUGGUGGCGAGAAGUUACCGUAUUUUUUCAUUGGUGAUGAUGCUUUCCCGUUAUUGAAAAGAUUAAUAAAGCCCUACAAUUAACUAAAAAGGAACCACUGACGAACGAAGAAGUUGUCUGCAAUUAUCGCAUCUCACGCGCAAGACGUUGCGUAGAGAAUGCGUUUGGAAUUCUGGUGACAAAAUGGGCUUGUGUGGGAAAGACCUUUCAUUGCAAACCAGAAAAUGCUAGGAAAAUUGUUGCCGCUUGCUGCUUAUUACACAAUUUCAUGAUAAGCCAAACUCCUGAAUCGUAUAUUCCAGAAAAAUAUCGUGACUUGAUCGAUGAAAACGGAGAAUACGUUGAAGGUGUGUGGAGAAGCAAUAAUCCGGAUACAAUUUUAUCAAAUUUGGAAAGCACAUUCAGCGGCCGUCCGCAUGAAGACGCUAAACGAUGCCGAAAUACAUUGAAGAACUUCGUGAAUUCCGGCUAUGGUAGCGUUAGUUGGCAAGCAAGAGCCACGCAUCAAGAACCAAACUAAAACAUGAUUUUUUUUAAAAUAUUCCCUUUUCAUUGAAUUCAAUAAUCAAUUUUCAUCCUAAUAAAUCAUAUUUUACUUUAUCAUUUCUUGCUCAAUGACCCACAGAAUACAGAGAAUCACUUUCAAAUUUCCUUAUUUUUUGAAAUGUUAUCAUUGCAAAUUUCAAUAAAACCGAACAAAAACAAAAGAAAUAUUCAUCUUA